UUAUCCUUUUUGGUUUGUUUUUUGUUUUAUUUCCGAAAUGGAACACUUUGCAGCAGAGUGCCUUGUGUCAAUGUCCAGCCGUGCAAUCGUCCAUGGUCCUAAAGGGAAUAGAGAGAUCAGACCCGAAACUGCGGCUGCUGCCAGGAGCGGAGAGGAGACCAAGGAGGCUUUGGUGAAGGACAACUCUUCUCUGUUCGUGGUGGCCAGGAUCCUGGCGGAUUUCAACCAGCAGACCCCUAACCAUUUUGCCGAGCAGGCAAAAAUAAAAGAGGAAAGCGUGCCAGCAGCCCUAACGAGAGAUGAUGGAAACUCUGCCACACCUACAGCCAUCCCCGCCGACUCCGCUGCCCUUAAACAAAGAGGCAAGCGGCUGAGGGCUCGAAUUGAACAGGAAUCCCCUCAGAAAAAGCACAAAUGUCACUAUUCAGGGUGCGAAAAAGUUUAUGGCAAAUCCUCCCAUCUCAAAGCUCACCUAAGGACACAUACAGGAGAACGGCCCUUCCCCUGCACCUGGCCUGACUGCAGUAAGAAGUUUGCACGUUCAGACGAGCUGGCCCGCCACUACCGCACUCACACGGGUGAGAAGAAGUUUGGCUGCCCACUGUGCGACAAGCGCUUCAUGCGGAGUGACCACCUGAUGAAGCACGCCCGCCGCCACUCCGACUUCCAGCCAGCUAUGCUGAAGAGGCAUCAGGGGGCUACCAGUGGACCGGCUGGAGGAAGCAGCGUGCGGCCGGGCUCGCUCAGCGACUAUAGCCGCUCAGAUGCCUCCAGCCCCACCCUCAGCCCCGCCCUCAGUCCCGCUCUCAGCCCAGCCAACUCGCCUUAAACCCGGCCGCACUUUCUGCCCUCUGCCCCUGGGAAUCCAGGCUGUGUGUGUUUUUUUUUUAAACCUCCUCUUUCUUUUCUGUCGAAAAAUAGUGAUGUUGCACAUUUGUUAGCGGCCACCUACUCUUUGCUAAUCCCUUCGCUUGCUGUGGUGUACUCUACUGUACAUAACCGCUUCCUGUAGUGCAAUUUUCUCGUGCAACUUCAUAUAAGAGAAAAAACAGAAUGCAGAAAAGAAAAAAAAUGCCUUUCCCAGAUGGCAAUAUUUACAUUAUGAACCAUAUGUCUGUAUUUUUAUAGCCUCUGGCAGUGGCCAGUUUUCCAUUGUGUUUUAUUUUUCGUUCCUUUCAUUUAAUCAACUCAGUUAAAGUGAACAAAAAGUAGACAAAAUUGACAGGUAUACGAUUAUUAUUUCUUUUCUCCUUUUUAUUUAAAAACGGGUGAGGGGGAGGGGCACACACACCUCAGGAUUCAAGACAGUUGUUUUUUUCUUCUCCUUUAAUAUUCACGUUGACUGCACAAUACAAGCAUCACUUUACUCUGAAAUUCAACAGAGGUUGAAUUUUGUGCCCUGCUCAGGGAUGGCCUCGUUAGCUUGAAAGAAUGAACAUGAUGAAGAGAAAACAUACAUAAAAAACAGCCUUACACUCAACAAAAAAAUUGCACUCUUCCUUUGUCUUGUUUUGUUGGUUUUCACAUCAGGGGAAACUAGCACUGGGUUUAACAGUCAUUCAAACUAAACAUUAAUAUUUGAUUUGUCUCUAAGAGGUGGUACAACAGAGGGGGGACUAGAAUGGAGUGAAAGUUAAUGUGUCUUUGAGACUGGAAAGAACUCUUUUUGUGUUCAACAUCGCUAUCUCUCAGACCCUUUUAUUUUUUUCCCCACAAAGCUGUGGAGGUUGUUCUUGGCUGGGUCCUGAUUUCAAAGGGAAACCUUACAUUGCAUGAAUGUAGGUGAUGAAACUGCCAUUGCGUUGCCCAGUCUGCCCAAUGAGGAGUGUUAGAGCCCAACCGCUCUCCUUUACAGGACUGAACUAAAUCCCCCUAAAAAUAUGGAGGAUAAAGUUUCAAAGCAGCUGCUUUGCACCAUAAAGACUGCACAUGCAUCACGUUCAGGGUAUUUUUGUUUUGUUUUUCACACAGCAGUACAGGUAUAUAACACACCCAGGAAGGGGCUUUGCUGGGAUCUAUUUUACUCACCUUUGAAAGAAAACAUGAAAGGAAAAAGCACACAAGCAGAAACCACCAAAGACCGAAGUGUGAAGGAGAGAACAGGAAAGGUUUCUUUUUGUUCUGCCAGUAAUAUCCAGCGGUGGGGGGAGUGGUGAGGGAGGGGUGUUGGCAGAAUUUAGGUACCGGCAGACACCCUGGCCCUCUGCCCUACGCCCGGCCCAGCCCCACUGUGGCCUGCCCGCUGCUUUGGAAACGCCCCACACAGGGCUAUUCAUAGCACACUAGAGAGGACAGUGGAGAGCCACUGCAGUAGUGCUGUCCUCAGCCUGCCUGCCCCUGGAGAGAGGCAGACAGGGAGAGAAAGAGUGAGAGAGGGAGGAGAAAAAAAUGGAGGGAGUGACAGAGAGUGUCUCCAGGGUCUUUCACAGCAGGGAGGCCAGCCCUGGCAGGCUAAAAUGUAGACUGAAUCAUUGCAGGAUUUCUGAGUGGAGUAAUGAUGCAUUCGGAUGCUUCUCAAUAACUUGUUAAGUCUGGGAAAUCGUCCUGUGACUGAGUUGUGAUUACAACGGUCACUGGUGAAUUUAUCACAUGAACACUACCUAUUGUUAGUGUCCAAAAUGGUAACUUUUCAGGAGAAAAUACAUUCUUACAUUAAUGUAAAAAGAUUUUAUUAUGAGUAAUUUCUAAUUAUGAUGGAAAUUUCUUAUGAUGUAAAGGGCAACUGGCAUCCUCAAAUUUGAUAUGACAGCAAGAGUGUGUCAGAGAAUGUAGAGGCUGGUGAUGCUUCAUAACUUGUAAACUUGUAAAGCCUGAGUUUAUCAUUUGUACUUAUGACUUUGUCAGAAAUGUGAGUGUAAUUUCCUUGUGGUAAACUCAGAACUCAGUUUAUGAGGACCAUCCGGAUGCACUAUAAACUGGAGCUGGGUUGGAUUGCUGGGGCCAUGGUUACAGAGUCAAGCCUCCAAUUAAGAACAAAAGCAGCUAUCUGCAGGAGGCAGGAAAGAAAGGGCCUUACCCGGGGGAACCAGAUAAAGACGGGGGGGCUUUAUCAUAAGCUGAGCAGUCCAGCAGAAGAGACAACCAGUCAGCUCUCCCUUAUGGCUCUCUCAGUCUAACGAAGCCCUUCACUCCCCUCCUUAUUGCCCCCUCACCAGCUUACCCCUAAUGGAAGAAAGAGCAUUCCCUAUGUACCACUGUUCUUUAAAAAGGGUGGAGUGAGGGUACUCCUCUGACUGGAUGGCAUCCAAAAUGUCAUGACAUUAGGUUUUAUAAUACAGGAAGGCAAAGGCCAAAUAAAACGGACAGCAAAAGCUCAUGGACAAUGAGAAUGAUUAUGUUAUCAAUUAUAACGAGAAUGUUUAGCAUGUUUGGCAUGUCUGUUAUCUAAAGUUCUUGCCCCUCAGAGCAAAACGGAAGGAGGCAGUGUGCUGAUUUUACAACUGUUUAUCCAGCUUUGACACAGUGAACUUUGCAGUGAUCUUUUUUUUCCUCUUUCUCUGAAAGAUUGACAUAAAGAUAGAUGUAUAGAUGCAAAUAAUCUAAUCUGUCUUUGCAGUGUAUCACGUUUAUUGCAGUGAAGUCAGGAAACUCCUGACAAUGGACUUUAACAUGUUGGUAGUAUAUCCAGACCUCUACGUACACUUCUUUACUGUUGCAGAUGUGCUGAUAGAAACAAUCAGUUUUUCUGCUAAACACAUUACCUCAAUGUAGAAUUAUAGCAGCUGCUUUCAAACUUGAUUCUCAUUUCAAAGAGGCUUUUUAGGCUCUUGUGAAUGCCACUACCAAAAUUUAUGCAGACAUAUCAUUUGAGUAAACCGUGAUUUGCCGUCCUUUGCUUGCUGUAGCCUGGGAGGAUGAAGAACCAGCGUGAGAAAGUGGUCUUAUGUUGCUACAAGCCAUGCCUCACAGCUAUACCUCAUCAGUUCAGGCCAGAGGCUCUUAAAAACCUACCAUGAAUAGAGGCACCACUGUCUCAACUACUGUGGCACUGCCUCAUGCACACACACACACACACACACACACAUACACACACUCAGUUUCAAAUGCUCGCAAACACAGAUGCACACCCUCAUUGACCCAUCUGCACACACACUUGAACUUGUCAAGCAAUGUCACUUUUACAUGCUCUCUGUUGUCCCUCUGUCACAUGUCAUAUAUGUGCUUAUUCAGCCUCCUGUGCCCACUGGAGGGUGGGAAUGGGGGUUAUUUUCCUCAAGGCUGAAAAACAUUUGUCUUCUUGGGGGUUCACAUUGCAUUUUUUGAAGGCUGGUUUUGGCUGUGCUUUCCCCGUCCAAUAAUUAAUGUUGUCUAGCACAACAAGCUGUUAGGGUCAUUUUUACAUUUGUAUGCUUUUGGCAAUGCAGUUAUGCAGAGCGAGUUGUGAUUUAAUCACAUUACAGAGGUAGGCGAAUGUAGCCUCAGGAGUUUUGUCCAAGGACUUUUGGAAUAGCAUGGUGUGCCUGCCUGGGGAUUUAGCACUCAUUUUCCAUGUAGAGGGCAAUGGUCACCACAUUAAUGCAUAUGACACAGGCUUCUUGACCAAAAGACAGCUGACCAGGGUGCUCUGCACAAAAAGACAGCCAAACAGGGCGAGGCCCUUUUUUGCACAAAAACAACCAGCAAAAAUGCCUCACUCUCAUUAAAUAACAAACAAAAAAGCACCUUGAUUCACAAAGAACAAGUACAAUGUGAUCUCUGAUUCCCUACCUUUCAGCUUCUCCAUGGCUACUGGUAAAAUACAUUGCAAAACAUCUUGGCAAAUAAAAACAUCUAAAAUAUAAUUUUAUGUACUUUUACAUCAUCAAGUGAUAAUGUUCAAAGCAAUCAGAAUGAUCUAAAAAGCAUCUAUGUGUAAGAUGCUUUCAUUCACCAAGAUGUCAUUUUUUUGCAGUAUAGCAACAUGGGGCUGUGAAAACCGCCCAGCUGAGGAUGCAGUGUUCCUGAUCAGCAGGAGCAGGUGGAGGGCCUGUGAAUACCAGGCCUUGUCCCUCUAUCCACCCUCCCUUCCCUUCCCUUCAACCCAACCCCCCCCCAAGGGCCUCUCUGCCCAUGCUUUUGAAACGGGUGCACAUAAUCGAGGCUUUCUCUCUCCUCUCUGCCUAAAGAAAACACCCCUAAUGAAAGUAAACAGCAUUACAGACGCAUUAUCCCUGAAAAGAGACCACAUGUAAAGCUGUCCCGCUGCUUAGACUGCCUAGCCCUCUGUUUAUGCUGAUUCCAGAAGUGCAGCGUGACGUGGGAUUCCUCCAUUGCAGUCCACACUGGGACAGUAAAGUUACUAAAGUACUGAUUAGAUAAAUGGCAUUUUAUCCUCACCUCUUAUUGAACAUCCCACAAGAGGAGCUGGUGACACUUUUCCGACCACAUCUGCAUUACCGAGAACCAUAUAUUGCAGUAGAUAAGUCAUCUCUGUGUGCUCCUUACUGCUGGUCAGUGUUGAGUGCUUUAUAUGGGACACCAGUUCUUCUCUUCUAAGGAAUGGUCAUAUAUCCCCUGUCCCUAAACUGUACUCCUGCCAAAGCUAGUAGCGUGUUCUAAUGGCACCAGUGGCUCUUAUGAGCCCUGAAAUGGUCCUUUAAGAGCAUCCUGGAGGUAAAGCAGUGAUUCAUCUUCGAAGCACUGUUGAGAUAAUGUGUGAUAAGGAAAUGUUUAGUCAAUGGAAGUUUAUGCAUACAUAGUCACAGGUUAGUGUGAAAUACAUGUAAAAGGGUGCGUUUUUUCCUCACUGUUCCGAAACUACUUGAAUCAGAUGCAAGACCAUUGAACACAGAUUGAGGCAUGUCUAGGGUAAAACUGUACUUGCUCUGUCCUUGGCUAUCAACUCAACUUUCACACAUGUUAUGUGUGAUUAUGGAUAUAUUCAUCUGGCUUUGUUUAUUUGUAAUAUAUGUUUUUUCUUUUUUUCCUGAUUAAUUGUAAUGUAAUUAUCAUAUUUCUUUCUGAUUUUCAUUAUUGUUUUGUGUUUUAAUCUCAGUCCACUGCAAUGAAGCUUGCUCCAUGCAUAGUUUUAUAGGCAUUGAGGGAGGUAGAGCCCAGCAGCUUACUCUUUAUCCAGAGACACUGAAUGCUCUUUGUUAUAAGCAGGAUAUAGCUAUAUAAUCUCGUUUUUUUUUCUUAAGACUUAUUGAGCUAUGGAGAGAGAGGGUUGAAGAAGGGGCGAAGUUGACAAAGGGAAAUCCUUUCUUCUCGAAAGCUUGAAAGCAUCGCGUGAGACUGAUGUGAUAAGCUUCAUUUUCAAAUGUUGCAUCACCAUAGAGACCACAGCAUUGUGAGUAGGUAGUGUAGUCUCAUUAUUAUUAUUAUUACUAUUGUUACAUUUGACUAUUAUUUCCGUGGUUAGAAACUUAAAAUCACCAUCAUGUUAUCCAUUAUGUCUUUCUGAUCUCAUACCUCUACAAGGAAACUGAACUGAGAAGGUUAUGAAUGAAGACGUAUGAAGUAUUUUAGGGGUGGGGUGGUGGGGUGGUGGGGGGUUGGAGUGCAUAUCUGAAAUAAUGGGUCAACUAUAAUGGCAAUAUUACAAUAUUAUCUGAAUUGUCAGUAUCAUACCCAAAAUGUCAAUUUCGAAACAGAAAAUAAUGAUAUGAUAAAAGAAUAUUGGGUUGCAUUUAACCACAGGACUGCCCUGAUAUUGAGCAUAAUUUAUUCUCUUAUUUUCUUGUUGACAGAAUAAUACUAAUCAGUUUAGUAUUUGGAAUUAAUUUGAGUUCAUAUUUGUUUUCUUUUUAAUAGCCCAUUAGGUUUGAUAAUGCGUGCCAAAGGCAUUAAAGUUGUAAUUCCAGUAAACUGCAAGCCCCUUAGACAUUUAAAAGCAUUUACCAUAAUAGAUAACAUUAAAUAAACAACCUUGUACAGUUUUCUAAGAGUGAUGUGUUUUUAAGUAUGUGUACAGGAUUGAAUGAUGUGCAUUGCAUACACAAGUAUUUUUAAUUUUCCUUCUUUUGGUGUGAUCUUGAUGUACUUUUGAUUAUAUUGUUUUCUGUUAGUUUGUUUUUGUUGUUCUUGAUUUGUCUUGGUUGUACAAUUUGGAACGUAUUUGGUUAGAACAUGGACGUUAUUGGAUAUUAUAUUCAUAAGUGAAUACCCAACCAUUCCAAAGGUUUGCAAUUGCAUUUGCUAUUAAUGUGCUGCUUGUAUCAAACCAAUGCAUUGAAGCUUCAUUAAUUUUAUGUAUUUAUUUUAUGUUCUCUUUUUGACUGUGAUGUAUUUACUGAAACUAGUUAAUUUGGGUACUUUUCUUAACAUUUCUGCUUGUUUUCUGCCAUUUUGUAGAGUUGCUUUCAUUUGUUUAUACUAUGCGUGUGUUCUCCGUUGGCUGGUGCCUGCUGGACAAAGUAGACAUGGGCAUGCCACGUUCAGACGGAACUCCCGGAGUGUCUCAGAAAGGGAAUUUUAAAAGACUGCUUCUGUGUGUACAUUAUUUUGUGUGAAGUAUAUAUGUGAGUUUGAAAGACAGAGAUGCAAAAUAGGGUAGGCCAAUGGAAUUAUUGCACGUAGAGCUUGAAGAGGUGAAAGAUGCCAUUGCAGAGGCCAAUGUGGUGCUAUAACAUACCACUUGAGCCUCUGCAUGAAGGGACCCACACUGUUAAUUAAAGUACAGCACUGGGUUACAAACUCUGGAGCCUCGUUGGGUCUGGAUUUAUUUUUUAAGAAUUGUCACCAAAGGCUUCUAGAAUGGAUGAAUGCAUGAACGUUCAUAUUGCGUUAGCUGGAGUUAAGUCUGCCAAUUCACAAAGCACAUUUAGGCCCAUUUGCUGAAAGGAAAGCUGUAGACCCUUCAAUGUGUGAUUCACUGAGGUAUUCAGGAAACAAAAGAGGACCCUUUGAACUUCUAGAGAUGAACAAAGGUAGGGUUAAACCUCAUUUGCUAUAUUGAUUGUCCUAGUAAGACAUAUCUGUGAAUAUGUAGACUUACUAAAAGACUGUUGCAUUGCCUGUGGUCCCUCUGUGCAGUCUAAUGCUGAAAUGUGAGGCCCAGGUAGAACAGCACUGUGCUCGUGCAGUUACUUUGUUUCUCCAAAGUGAGUGGCUAUGUAAAUGCCAUUCCCUUAACUGUACGGCCGGAGUGGAAACCCCUUGACAUAAUUUGUCUGUCUGUUAGCAAGCUUUGUCCAUCUUCUGAAAUGACAUUGUAGAUGUGUACCAAUGAAAAAGAUUGUUGUCUCAUGUGGAGAUCCCACUAAUGCCUCAAAAUAUUUCAGAAGGGGAGAAGUCUAGACUGUUACUGUAUGUGAAGGCUUCUGGGGUAUCAUGUAACCUUCUCAGUCAUUGGUACUGAUGAUUAAGAGUGCUUUUAAAGGGUGUGGUCACUUUUGCCCCCCCCCCUUUUAAAAGCAUUCAGCUUUCUUUGGUGUCAGCAGUGCCAAAGCUGUUCUAAUAGCAGAUGUUAAUGAACACACGUGACUGGGUUCCUACACGAGGCUCAAACCCCUGUCCCACCCCAGGGAGAACACAAUAUGGAAAACAUCACAGCUCAAACAUCUACAUAUAUUCAUACCAUUUCUCAUUGAGUCAUCAACAUCUGUUUCUUUCCUAUAAAGUGCACUCAGUAAUUUUUUAAACUUCAAAGAUGUCUUUAAGGCCCAGCACCUGUGAUGGAUCGACAAAAAAAAAUGUAUGGUCUUUAGAUGGACUUCUUUUAGCUGGAUACCCAAUAAAUCAAUAGAUAUUAGUGAUAUAAAGUCUUUCUGUGGCCAAAACUCAUUUUUAAAUGACUACUUUCUGUCUCACAUCAAUGAUGCACAUUGUUUUUACUGUCAAUGAACCUCCAGUCAUAAUAUGAACAAAUAUAAAUGUUGUACAAAAAGAAUUUUAGGGAGGCCAUGGAGACCUCAGGCUGUCCUUUAGGCUUCCUCUGUGUGUACUUGGCUUGCCUUCCUAAUGUAUGUUUUAGUCUCUAUUUUCUACAUCACCAUGCGAUGCCUGUUCCAGUGACUACAGCACCGCUGUAAUGCUCUUUGUGCAAAAUAACUCAUAACUUCAACUAUGGCCAGUUCCUAUCUCCAUGACCUCAUUCAAAAACUGCCAUGUAUCACCAUUUUCUGUUCUUUUUCUUUCUUCUUCAACCAACCAAAAUCACUACAGUGAAGUAUUACAGUUGUACAGUUCCAUGAAUUAUACAGAUUAUUAAUGUUGCUGGUCUAUGGUUGCUCUGCUGUACCUUUUUAUGACAUUAUUUUUUACAUGUUAGACAAUAUAUUGUGACUCUGUCCUAUGCAAAUAUGAGAAUUAACAAGAAUUUGUCAAAUAAUGUAUGUUGUCUUAACUUGUAUGCAUGAAAUAGUGAAGUUUACAUUUGAAAAUAAAUUCAUAAAUAAGCAGCUUUA